AUGGCACUACCUCCCUCCAUCCAGGACUUCAACAAAGCCCUUAAACGCAUGAGACCCGGCAAAGCCCAGGGACCCGACAACAUCCCACUGGAGAUCCUCACUCACAAUGACUCCGAGAUGAGGAACCGUCUCAUGCUCCUUAUAUUGAAGAUUUGGGAGACAAAGACCUUCCACAACGAAUUCCGCCAUGCAACGGUCGUGACAAUAUUCAAAAAGGGAGACCGGAGCAUUCUGACAUCAACACCCACAUGCAGAAAGGACGUGGAGAAUAGAAUCAGGGCAGCCCACUCCACCUUUGGCCGACUCAACUGCCGCAUAUUUAAAAACCACGCACUGACGAUGGUCUUCCGGGCAGUAGUCCUCUCCACCCUUUUAUACGCUUGCGAAAUAUGGACCCUAUAUAGAAGCGAGGUAAAAAUACUAGAACGUUUCCAGCAACUGAAACUAAGGCAAAUCCUUAACAUCUCUUGGGAGAGCUACACCACCAACACAGAAGUGCUGGACAGAGCGUCAGUGAGCAGCGUCGAGGCCACUAUCAUCUACCACCGCCUCCGAUGGGCAGGACACGCCCACAGAAUGGAUCCUUCCAGGCUCCCCAAGAAAAUCCUAUAUGGCGAAGUAGCCAUUGGGACCAGACCACGAGGAGCACCCAAAACGCGCUACAAGGAGGACCAACUAAAGCGCACCCUGGCACUUACCAACAUCAGCUCGUCCUUGUGGGAAGAAACUGCCAGGGACCGAAUGACGUGGAGGAGAUCAAUUUGCGAUGGCAUCGCGGAUUUCGAAGAAAGGGGGAAGGAGAAUGAAGAGACGAGGCGACGAAAGAGAAGAGAGCGCUGUGAACGACCCCCGUUCUCCCCCUCCCCUCCUCUCCCCUGUGAUUACUGUCAACGACUAUUCCACCACCGACUGGGCCUCACAAACACGACUGGGAGCCGACGACGACUUCUAGAUAAUGCGAACAACCUGCAACUGACCGAUCUAUCUAUCUAUCUAUCUAUCUAG